AUGACCAGUGUUUAUAAUUCUGAUUUGAAGAAUCAUAGACGGGCACCUCCACCCCCACGCCUUCCACAAGGAACACAAUCGUCAUCUUCAUCUUUGAACUUGCUGUCUUCGAGUGGCGGCGGCGGCGGCGACACCACCACCACCACCACCUCAGGACUAGGGCUCAGCUCAAAAGAAAACAUUUAUCUCAAUGGCAUCUCCUCAGCCAGUAAUAGCCAGAUUCCAAUCAGUCUUGGAUCCAAUAAACGACAAUCGGGCUGGGUUCAUGUCAAGGAUGAUGGUAUAUUCACUUCGUUCAGGUGGAACAAGAGGUUUAUGAAUAUGAAUGAUCGCUCGCUAAACAUUUACAAGAACGAACCAAGCAUCAGCGAACCAACCAGUCCUGAAUUGCUUUUACCAUUGAAUUUGAUAAGCAACAUCAUCUUGAAACCACAGUCAGGGCAUUCCAAAAACAGCCAAUCUUUUGAAAUCGUUCCCAAAAAUUAUGGGAAAUCUAUAUUGAUUUCAGUCAAGUCCAGCAAUGAGUAUCAUGAUUGGCUAAAUGCAUUUUCCAGUAAAUGUCCUUCUGCUCAAAUUGGUCAAUCCUCAAAUGGUAACUCGAUUUCUGGGAUUUCAGGACCAACACUGGGAACUACCGCUACAUCGUCAUCAUCAUCGUCACAGUCGAACCUCAACCUGGCAUUAAGUGGCGGCGGCGUUGGCAGAUUACUACAGGGUGGAAAUGCAGGUGUUUCUGGACCAAUAAACUUUACACACAAGGUUCACGUUGGAUUUGAUCCUGCUAGUGGUAAUUUCACUGGAUUGCCCGAGACUUGGAAAAGUUUAUUACAACACUCCAAAAUCACAAAUGAAGAUUGGAAAAAAGACCCAGCUGCUGUUAUUGAAGUAUUGGAGUUUUAUUCCGAUAUCAAUGGGUCGAAUCCUUCUACACCAAUGGCGUCUCCUCAAGUUAACAUGAAUAAAAAUUUGGCAAAUAGUUCUAUUGACCAUAAUUCCAACUUGCAAGAAUGGACAAAGCCACCUUCAAAGAGUAACAAUUCACAAUUCAAACCAACACGUUCUGCGCCUAAACCACCAGCUCCAUAUCACUUAACUACUCAACAAAGUGAAACUAAUGGUGCAUCCACUAUAUCUCCGUUGAGCAAUUUGCUCAGCAAGAGCGCUGGAUCCACCACAACCACGCCAUCUGGUGAAAAGAAUGAACUUGUUCCAAUUAGAAGGGCGCCUCCUCCACCGACAGGAUCUGGUGCUGGAGGGCAGUCAUCAUCGUCAUCAUCUAAGUUCCAACAGCGAAAGGAUCAACCAGCAGCUUAUACACACCAAAGCUCUCAAUCUGCAUCCAAACCUCAACAAUUACCGCCUUCGGUGCCUGGUGGUGCUAGUUUCAAUAGAACACCAACAUAUAAAGCCCAUCCUGAUUUGAAGAUUCAGAAAGGUAGCGGCAGCAGUACCAGUCUUUCUCUGGACAAGGAGAAUUUGAGUGAAGUAGGAGCCAAGAAAUAUUCGCCUACUAGUAACACUACCAAGAUUUCACAGGAUCCGCAAUAUCCAGCUGUUUCUGUGCUGCAGACUUCUCAGCAUUAUCAAAAACCACAUCAACAUCCACUCACAGGUCCAGCUGGAGCCGCGCACUCAGUUACAAAGCCAUUAAAUUCAGAAAUCGAACCUGUGAAGCCGUUGCAGUUGAAGUCUAGAAAAGAGCAACCACCACCACAGCAACAGCAGCAGCAACAGCAGCAGCAACCACGACAACCACCACCACAGCAACAGCAACCACAACAGCCAACACAACAAGACAAGUCCGCACCCAAACCGAAGGUGCAAUCUCCAGCAAUGGGUCCUGCAGUACCCAAGACUGCCAAACAAUUGAAAAAGGAACGUGAACGAUUAAAUGACUUGCAGAUUAUCGCCAAGUUGAAAACAGUUGUCAACAGCAACAACCCCAAGCCAUUGUUUAGAAUCAUCGAAAAAGCCGGUCAAGGAGCUUCUGGAAAUGUUUAUUUAGCAGAAAUGAUUUCAGAGCGUAAGAAGAUUGCAAUUAAACAAAUGGACUUGAAUGUGCAACCAAGAAAAGAAUUGAUUAUUAAUGAAAUCUUGGUUAUGAAGGAUAGUCAACAUAAAAACAUUGUGAAUUUUUUGGAUUCCUACUUGAUUGGAGAUUCGGAAUUAUGGGUCAUUAUGGAGUAUAUGGAAGGUGGAUCAUUAACUGAGAUUAUUGAGAAUAAUGAGUUCAAAUUGAAUGAGCGACAGAUUGCCACAAUUUGUUUUGAGACUUUGAAAGGGUUGCAGCAUCUACACAAGAAACAUAUCAUCCAUCGUGAUAUCAAGUCGGACAAUGUACUUUUGGAUUCACAGGGAAAUGUGAAAAUCACCGAUUUUGGAUUCUGUGCUAAAUUGACUGAUCAAAGAAACAAGAGAGCUACAAUGGUGGGAACCCCCUAUUGGAUGGCUCCUGAAGUUGUCAAGCAGAAGGAGUAUGACGCGAAGGUGGACGUUUGGUCGUUGGGUAUAAUGACCAUUGAGAUGAUUGAAGGCGAGCCUCCAUAUUUGAAUGAAGAGCCAUUGAAAGCUUUGUAUUUGAUUGCAACUAAUGGUACGCCCAAGUUGAAGAAGCCUGAAUUAUUGAGUAAUUCGAUAAAAAAGUUUUUGUCCAUUUGUUUAUGUGUUGAUGUGAGGUACAGAGCUACUACUGACGAGUUGUUGGAGCAUUCGUUUAUCCAGCACAAGUCGGGCAAGAUUGAGGAGUUGGCACCGUUGUUGGAAUGGAAAAAGAACCAGAGUCAGAGUGAGUCGGUUGACCAUGAGGAGUAA